UAACCUUUUUAGUAUCAGACUGAUAUAAUUUUAUUAAAUGCAUAAAUUUAAAAUAAUAUUACUGUCAAGAUUAUAUGUAUCUUGUUCUAUAUAUUCCCAUGUUAUCUUACACCAUCUGUAGGCUAACAGUAGAACCAAUAACAACUCAUCUGGUGAAUUGGGAUUUGGUUAUACAUGUAUUAAAUAACAAGACAUUAGCAUACAACAUGUCACCACUUGCCAUUUGUUACAGAGACCAAACUCCGAACACCGACUGCAAGAUGCUGAACCUCAUCCACAAAAAAGUGGGCGAUUAUAACAAUUAACAAUGCCAAUAUGUCACUACUUGUGGUGGCGACAUAAAAACAGAAUUCAGAUAUAAUUGAUAAUUAAAUAUAGAUUUCAUUGGUCUAAAACCAGACAGCAUCUAAGCUUUGCUUAAUGUUAUGUUCAUUAUCUCUCCGAUGUUUUGUUACAACAGCAGAUUCUCCAGCCUUUCGUAUUCUUCUCUCAAACUUCUUUUUCUGCUGUUGUUUAAUCUGUCCUUUCACUUUACGUUUCACCAGAUCUGGGGCCAUUAUUGUACUGGCAGAUGUACUCAGGCUAUCUGAUGCUCGUGUCCUACUGGCUUUAGCCGCCUCAAUGAAAUGCCAGUUUUCAUGUUGUAAAGUAUCUUCAUUUCUAAAUGGUUUGUAUUCAGUGUUCAAUUCAUGUAUAUUCUCUAGUUCAGGAAGCUCAUCACCAGAGUCUUCAAUUUCAUCUUCUAAAGGCUUUGAUGUCCCUGCAGCUUCAAGCUCUUUAUCAUUGGUCACAUUAACAUCUUUAGAUGCAUCUAUUAUGUUUUUUUCAUUUCCAGUAUCCCUUGCACUGUCAUUAUCAAUUUUCUCUAUUGCAGUAUCAUGUGCUAAGGUUAAUGGCGUUGUAUUUGCCUCUUGUGAGGGACAACCUGUGGGGGAUGUCAGGGUUAAUUGGGCUAUAUUUGCCUCAGUGUCAGACAGGCUUUCAGGAGCAUUGAGUACUUCAUUUUCUUCAUUAUCACUGUCUUCUGCACCGUCAGAAUCCUCAGGGCCAUUCAGUAGUCCAAUUUCAUCUGCCACCUGAAAAAAGUUCAAUUAGAAAUACCUACUCUUUUCUAGAUAAACAGAUAAAAUCAUCAUCAUUUUAUUAUUGAAGGAAUCCAUGACAUCUAUACACUAAGAUGAAAAAACAAUUAGGCAUGUUAGUGAUGCAGCUUGCCAGAAAAAUGCCACUAGAGUAGAAAGUGUAAAAACGCCACUGUGAUCAAGUGUCACUCACAAAAUGAGGGAAGAUUGA